AUAUCUCAGUAAAAGCUGGUGGACUUCAGAAGCUCAAGAAUUUCUACGUAAAUACAUCUCAGUGCUUACCCAAUUUUAUUGGGCUUCAAGCCCUUGUAGAAACUGUGGCUUCCUCUCACAAAAAAAAGUUAUUUCUGUUCCCCCAAAGCCCUGAAGGAUGGAUGUCUGUACCUUCAGAGGAGGACACGGGACGGGGGGUCAGCCCCACUCACCUCCGUCUUUUUGCUUUUAUUUCUCUCCUUUUCUGCUUUUUGCGAGCUGCUGGCCAUGGCAGCCUCACGGAAACGCGGUGUUUGCUGAGCGGCCACGCUGGGGACAAGGUUUAAAUCAAAAACCUGUCACACCUGCAGCUGCCAGGGCUCUCCCCUCACGGGGGAACAGUGCCCAAAGCCGGGGAAUGGCAGGGAGCCCUGAACCGAGGGGUUUAUCACUUUGUACAGCCCGAACCCAGUAUCUAAAGGGAUUUAUCCCUUUUUGUCCAGCCCGAACCCGAUAUCUGAGAUUUAUCCCUUUUUGUCCAGCUCGAACCCGAUAUCUGAGAUUUAUCCCUUUGUCCAGCCCGAACCCGAUAUCUGAGAUUUAUCCCUUUUUGUCCAGCCCGAACCCGAUAUCUGAGAUUUAUCCCUUUUUGUCCAGCCCGAACCCGAUAUCCGAGGGGUUUAUCCCUUGGUCCAGCCCUAACCCGGUAUCCGAGUGAUUUAUCCCUUUGUCCAGCCUGAACCUGAUAUCUGAGGGGAUUUAUCCCUUUUUGUCCAGCCCUAACCCGGUAUCCGAGUGAUUUAUCCCUUUGUCCCUUUUAUCCUUUAUCACCCCCAGAGCCCGAGGGCACCGAUCCGCCCAGCACCGAGCCCGGCCCGCGGCCUCCCCUGCGGGCCUGAGGGGAGCGCCCGAGGGGACAAGGGAAAAGUGACAAGGGACGAGAAACAAGGGACCAAAAACAAGGGACAAGGGACCAAAAACAAGGGACAAGGGAUGAGAAUGAAGGGACAAGGGAUGAGAAUCAAGGGACACUCGUUCCCCUCAGGGCUGGCACUCGGAGCAGGAGCGGCCCGAGGUGUGCCCUGAGGGCCGGGCAGCGGCUCGGGCCCCGGCGGAUCCACUCAUUAAUUAAAGAUUUGCACAGUUUAUCAAAGCUUUCCCGUCAAAGCGAAAUCCUUGCAAUGCGUUUCACGCUCGAUGGAUCUGCCUCAAAACACGAGCCAGAAAUGAGGGCAUUCAGAGAGACCAUGCACUAAAAUGAGUAACACUGAAAUGAGUAACAGACUAAAAUGAGUAAUGACACUAAAAUGCUAACAGCACUAAAAUGCUAACAGCACUAAAAUGAAUAACACUAAAAUGAGUGACACCACAACACACGACUGCCAACACUGUUUUUUCCUCUCUCUCUCUUAAGAAUGGAGAAUAAAAACUCUGUUUUUCCGGGGUUGUGUUUCACUUCUGUAGGUGACAAUUUGGUGUCACCAAGUGGCGGAGUCACCCCGCGGCUCCUCUGUAAAAGGAAUGAGCAGGAGGCAACAAUUCAGGAGAGAAAUUUCAGCAUUCAAAGAGAUUAAACAGCCAGCAAGUCACUGCUUUCCUAAAUGGUGUUUUUGUUCACUGCAGUGAAGUUAAUCAUGCCAAAAUCUGAAUUUAUGUUCGUGUUAUGCCAUAGUAUGUGACUUACGUUAUGGUAUGCUAUUUUACAUAUCUUAUAAUCAGUUAUGGUAUGUGAUGUUAUGGAAAGUUUGCCUCUGGCUUGUUUUGUUCUAUUUUUUCCUUUAUCCCCCUUUUCUUUAUUUUUCUCUCUCUUCUGUUGUGAAGAGAAGAAAGGACCUGAAUCUCACAUACAUCAUCCAAAUGGGAAAUUAAAAUAUCAGCAUGAGCAAUCAAACUGCUGAAAGAAGAACUAAACACUUCCUCAAAGUAGAAACAACUUUUAGUGAGCUGCCAUGGCCCAUUUCAUUUAAUUAUCAGAUAGUUCAUAAUAAUUAUGUUAUUAGGAUUGCUAUCUGAAUAUUAAGAAACAGAACAUGCUAGGAAAAUGUUUGUAAUGUGUUUAUUUAAUCGUAUCACCAUUAAUAGGCUUUAUUAACAGACCACCUGAAGUAAAACAAAUGAAAUAUCUAAAUUUUAAUUUCCAUUAUUUUGUGGAUAUGAUAGUCCAUGAAUAAAACUCAGACUAAAAGUAACAUUAAAAGAAAAUUAUUUAAGGGGAUAGAUUUCACUCUUACUGGAGUUCCAGUUCCUUUUAAAUUGGAGCAAAAUUAUCUAAGCCAUUACUCUAAAAGUAGUUGCAGUUCCUCUAAGACUGGAGAUAUUAAAUUCCAGGAGAAAUUGAAGUUUGAACUGUACCACAAAAGCUAUUGUAUGAAUUAGAUCUGCUUCUGAAAAAUGCAAAUAUGUGAACAAAACACAAGGGAAUGCUUUUGAUUCAAUGUGUUCAUGAACUAAUUGAAUUUUAAGGCUCAAAGGCUAAUAUGAAAGACCAAGCCCUCCUUCCUGAUAUCUUUGUAUGGAAUAUCAAUAGGCCAAAAAUAUUAGUGCCAACAGGAAUACAAAAUAAAUAUUUAAACUUAAAUGAUAAAUUAUUAGUACAGCAUUCACUUUUGAAAAAAGAUGUUUGGCUAAACCAGCCAAAAUCCAGGGUUAUUAAAAAAGAGGCAGAGUUUUAAUUUUCAUCAUUUCAAAUAAAGUUGAAAGAUGAGCUUUUAAUCCCAAAACCACUUCCUCAUGUUUAUCAUACAGAUAGUAAAGCAUUCCCUAUGAACUUUGGGGGAUUUUUUACCUCCAAGAGCAGUAAAAGGCAUGUGAACAGCUGAGAGAAAAUCUUGGGAACCUGGCUUUGGUUUGAUGUGGGGAUUUGGGGCUUUUUUAUCAUCCUCACCACUUGGAGCUCUACUAUUUACCCAGCAAGCUGCAGGGCUGAGUGCCCGAACUUCUGACCAGCGCCAGAAACAGCAAAUCCAGGCAUGGAGGUGUAAGAAAUUGGGAAAUCCUCACUGCCCUGGAUUUAGGGAGUGCCCCACCCCUGCAUCCCAGCCUGUGCUGCUGUCACCACCCCGAGGGUGGCACAUACAGCUUGGUGACACUCCGGCAUUCUGGGCACUGCUGCCCCGAGCACCAGCAGCGCUGAUUUCCACACCAAAGCCAGGCAGGAACAGAAGGGGAAGCCGGACGGGCACGGGCAUCCCCUGCCUCGAAGCUGCCGUCAGCUCUUGGCAGGAGAAGCUGCUGGAGCAGCAGGACGAGCGCGCUGACAUCAGCGUGACACCGAGCGGCACCCUCGUAACCCCAGAUUUGCAUAGGCGCUGGCUCCUGCAGCCAGGAGGGGAAAUGCCGAGCGAGAAAUGCGGACGUAGGCAGAGACCUUGGGAAAGCGUCCCCAUUUCGGCUAUAUAGCUCCUCCCGGCAUUGCCGCGGCUGCGCUCGCUUCCCUCCGGCUGGGGCAUCCCCGGCGGCGGCGGGGCUCUCACCGGGCUCUCACCGGGCUCUCACCGGGCUCCGACCGGGCUCUCACCGGGCUCUCACCGGGUUACCGGGCAUAGCUCCGGUCCUCACCGGGCUCUCACCGGGUUACCGGGCAUAGCUCCGGUCCUCACUGGGCUCUCACCGGGUUACCGAGCACAGCUCCGAUCCUCACCGGGCUCUCACCGGGCUCUCACCGGGCUGCGGGGCACAGCUCCGAUCCUCACCGGGCUCCCGGGCACAGCUCCGUUCCUGACCCGGGCUAUCUCGGUACAGUCCCUAUCCUCCGAUCCUGACCCGGGCUGUCUCGGUACAGCCCCUAUCCUCCGAUCCUGACCCGGGCUAUCUCGGUACAGCCCCUAUCCUCCGAUCCUGACCCGGGCUGUCUCGGUACAGCCCCUAUCCUCCGAUCCUGACCCGGGCUAUCUCGGUACAGCCCCGAUCCUGGCACAGCCCCGCUCGUGACUCAGGCAGAGCGGCGGCUGCGCUUCUCCCGGCUCCUAUCACUGGGCUGCAGCUCCUGAAGAGCCACAAACGAGCACCGAGAGCUACAAAGGACACCGAGAGCUAUAAAGGAGCACCGAGAGCCACAAAGGAGCACCGAGAGCUACAAAGGAGCACCGAGAGCCACAAAGGAGCACCUAGAGCUAUAAAGGAGCACCGAGAGCCACAAACGACACCGAGAGCCACCUCUGCUCCUGCUGUGCAUCCUGAGCUUCUCCCGGCUCCCAUCGCUCUGCUGCACUUCCCGAAGAACCAGAACGGACACCGAGAGGCAGAAGGGACACUGAGAGGCAGAAGGGACACCGAGAGGCAGAAGGGACACUGAGAGGAAGAGGGGAUACCCAGAGCCAGAAGGGACACUGAGAGGAAGAAGGGACACCCAGAGCCAGAAGGGACACCGAGAGGCAGAAGGGACACUGAGAGGCACAAAGGACACCGAGAGGCACAAGGGACACCGAGAGGAAGAAGAGACACUGAGAGGAAGAAGGGACACCCAGAGCCAGAAGGGACACCGAGAGGCACAAAGGACACCGAGAGGCGUCAGGGACACCCAGAGCCGCCUCUGCUCCCGGCCCGCAUCCCUCUGCUUUCUCAGGGGUGAAGAUGAGCGCUGAAGAGAUUCUGGUGCGUGCAGUAGAACUUGGGAAAAAUUUCUGCCUCUAUUUUGAUGACGACGAUGAGCUGGAGUGUGAUGCCCUGUGCAAGGAGAAGAUUCUGCACCGAGUGCUGAGGAACAUCAACAGCCAGCUGCUCGUGGUGCGCCCUGACCUGAACCUGGCAGCCUUCGAGGAUGUCACAGACCAGGAGAUGCAAUCUGGCAAAGGGAUGCAUUUCAGCAUUCACAUCUACAAAACCACCACACCCUUAGCAGGGCUGCCCGUGGCCUUCAGUGUCCAAGUGGAAAACAAAAGUUAUUACAUGUGCUGUGAGAGGGAAGGUGGAGAAAUGAUCGUUAGAUUCAAGGAAGGAGAAGUUCCCAAAGAAAUUCCUGGGGAAAGCAACAUCAUCUUUUUCAAAAAGACAUUUACAUCUUGCUCCUCCACAGCAUUUAAGUUUGAAUACUCACUGGAACGAGGGAUGUUCUUGGCCUUUCAGGAAGAAGGCUACUUGAGAAAAUUAAUCCUAAAGAAACUGCCAAAAGAUGAAGUGGAUGAAACCAUGAAGAUGAGUUAUGUAACUUCAGUCAAUGAAAAUCACAACUUAUGAUGGAACACUUCAACAGUUUUAAAGUACAGAUUGUUUUUUUUUAUAAAAGAAACUUUAGUCUUUCUUUAUUCAAAAUAUGUCAGUUUUAUGUUUUAACUACUGUCAGUUACUUAUUAAAAAAAUAAAUGCAAGUUCUUGGCAAAAAAGCCAAGAGUGUUUUCAGUCAGACAGAAGAGAAUUACACACUGAAGAAAGAAGAAUGUGCAUGUCUAUAUAGUCCUGUAGAAUCUGAUCCCCAAAAUCUUUAAUGCCUGUUGACCAAACAGCUUUUGAAUUAGGUCUGGACUUUCACACUCCCAAAACUCUCAGAUAAUGAAUUUCUCUUUAAACAGCACAGGCUGUGUGAGGAAAGCUCAGACUCUCCAUGAGAGACCCUCAGAGGGACUUAGCCAUGCCUCAGCAAUGGGAAAAAAUAACAAAUGUAGGCAUUAAAAACCACCACAAAUACACAGCUCUGCUCUGACCACAGCACUUACAAAACCUUGGCCAGCUUUGCUGCAGCUACCUGCUUUUGUUCAUAAACAACAUUUCCAAUCCAUACUUGAUAAAAAUCAGAAAGUCUUGCAGAAUCCUUGGGCGUUCUGUCCAUUGCACAAUCCCUGAUGUAACACAAAUUCUCUUCCUCUAUUAAUAUGCCCACACAAGUACCAUGAGAAUGUGGAAAGAGUUUUCCACUUCUUAGCACUGUGAAAGUCAAGACAGGAUGAAGCACAAAGUUAAAAACCACAAUCUCAGUUCCCCACUAAAAUCCCCUAAAAGAACAGAACAUUCUCUCAGCCUCCUCUUCGUUGUCUUUUGACACAGGACAACACAGACCAGAAUAUUUAGAAAAUAAAACAUAAAAUCCUUGAAAGUCAAAUGUUCCUAAAGUCAAACCUGCAAAAGUAUUUUUAUUCUAUGUCAAUCCUUGUAUUUUUCAAAGGACAUUAAUUAUUCUUGUAUUAAGUCAAGUCUAAGUCACCUCUAAGUGUUAAUUCAUACAAAUAUUCUGUGUUUUAUGAAGUGAGGCAGGGCAGACCUACCUGCAGAGAAAACAUUUUAGGCAACCCAAAAUCAGUAAGAAUGGUUCAGAAGCACACACAAAAUUUCUGUAAAUUCUUUAUUGCAUGGAUUAAGAAAAAAAGUAUUCCCUUUUCUACAUCAACUCCCAGGGUCCAAAGAGUUACAGGGUGUGCCUCACACUGAUGUCAGAAGCAGCAGUUCGGUUCUCCACAAGUCAAACUCGUUUU